GGUGAUGAAGUUUCACGAGGUCAAGCUGCCGUCUGUAGCUCAGCACAGCCUACGCUAUGUGCUUCCCGCCGCCGCCGCCGCCACCGUGGCGUGCGUUCUGGUGCUCGCCGCCGUCGGAAUGCCCGGCCGCGUGCCGCCGCUGCGGCUGCUGAUGCCGCCGGAGGCGACGAACACGACGGGUUGUGAUAUCUUUAAGGGGGAGUGGGUGCCGGACCCGGCGGCCGGCGAGCUGCCGUACACCAGCGAGAGCUGCCCGGUGAUACAUGGGCAUUAUGAUUGCAUGCGGUACGGCCGGCCGGAUGUUGGGUAUGUUGGGUGGCGGUGGCGGCCCGACGGCGGGUGCGAGCUGCAGCGGCUCGACGCGGCGUGGUUCCUCGCCGCGAUGAGGGGCAGGUCGGUGGCGUUCGUCGGGGACUCGCUGGCCAGGAACCAGAUGCAGUCGCUGGUGUGCCUCCUCUCGCGCGCCGAGCGGCCGGCGCCGUGGACGAACGGCAGCUACGUGUACCGCUUCGAGCGGCACGGCUUCACCGUCGCCGCCUUCUGGUCGCCGUUCCUCGUCCGCGCCGUCGAGACGGACCCGGACGGCCCGACGGGGAACGGCGCAGGCCUGUGGAGCCUCCACCUCGACGAGCCCGACGCCGACUGGGCGGCGCACGUCGGCACGUUCGACUACGUCGUCGUCUCCGGCGGGAGCUGGUUCUACCGGCCAUCGAUGUUCUACGACCGCGGCGGCCGCCUCGUCGGCUGCAACAACUGCCAGGUCCCGAACGUCACCGACCUCACCCUCCGCUACUCCCUCCGCAUGGCGUUCCGGAGCGCGCUCCGGGCGGCGGCGGCAGCGGCGCCGGACCGCCGCGCCACCCGGACGGUGAUCCUCCGGACGAUCUCGCCGUCGCACUACGAGAACGGGACGUGGAACGAGCACGGGGACUGCCUCCGGACGCGGCCGGCCCGGCGCGGCGAGUGGGAGAUAAACGCCCUGGAGAAGGACAUGCGCCGGAUACAGGUCGAGGAGCUGGCGGCGGCGGCGGCGGCGGAGGCCAAGAGAGGGGAGGCGGCGGCGAGGAUGCUGCUGAUGGACGCGACGGAGGCCAUGGCGCAGCGGCCGGACGCCCACCCGAGCAAGUACCGGCUGUGGCAGCCGGACAAGUUCAAGGUGUCGCGCGACUGCGUGCACUGGUGCAUGCCCGGUGCCAUGGACGCCUGCAACGACAUGCUGUCCCACAUGCUAAUAGAGUGA